UGUAGGAGCUUUCAUGAAGUCCUUGAACGCAGCGUUGGUUUCCAGGGAGUGGCACCUGCACCUGUCCGACCUGUUUCGGGGGACACAUGACUCCGGAGGAAUUUCCCCCGCUGCUCCAGUCCUUUGUCCAACGCAGUACUUCUUUUUCUUCUGUGGGAGACGGAGGGUGAGAGCCAGAGGAGAAGGGGAGUCAGAGAGAGAAGAGAGAGAAGAGAGAGGGAGAGAUAUAGAGAUGUCGGAACCAGCCACUAACCCUGCUGCCACCUCGUUCCCAGCGGCGACUAUUUCUCUACCUCUGGGGCUGGAUGUGUUGAGAACUUACUCUGGAGCCCUCGUCUGUGUAGAAAUAUUAUUUGGUGGUCUGGUAUGGAUCCUGGUCGCUUCCUCCAACGUGCCCGUGCCUCUGCUGCAGGGCUGGGUGAUGUUUGUGUCACUCACCACCUUCUUCCUCUCCUCCGCCUACCUCGCGUUCCUCGUCACUGGCCUGGCUGACCGCAUCAACACUAACUGGAAUUUCCUGGAUGUGGUUUACCAUUUUAUGGCUUUGCUUUUCUACUUUGCUGCCUUUGUGUUGGAGGCAGCAACUACAGCAGCUAAUGGAGGAGCCUACAUCAAGCCACUGGCCAACAGCACUGAAAACGUCUUGUGUAUAACCUACCCUCGGGGCAAUAUAUUCACAGUCCUGACUGACAAGCAAUACAGUAUUAAUGUUGCAGCCACGAUAUUUGCAUUUGUGGUGACACUGUGCUACGGCUGCAGUAUGGUGAUGGGCUUCAAGAGGUGGAGGAUGUAACCUUUAAACCCAGCACCAAACUAGUUUUAUAACUGCUUCAUAACCUCAGCAUGUAUUAAAACAUCAGCCACAUCAUUAAGAGCUCCAUUGAAAGUCCUGCUACUCAGUUCAGUUCCCUGCAAACAUUUUUAUAGCCGGAUGGGAAACUAAUAUCAUCAGAGGAAAAAUAUAGAUGUCAAAAUUCUGUCUCAGUCAAGUUGUGGAGAUUUCUGAACAAUUAUAUUCCUGCAGGAAAUCUACUUCUCUGAUAUUGAAAGGUUUGGGUUCAAGUAGUCGCAGUCUGGGCUGUUAAAGGUAUUAUGAGGACAGGGUUAAAUAAGAGCAAUAAGUUGUCAAAAUAACCUUGUAUGAACACGGCUAUACAGGGUGAUUUUGCAAGAUAUGAGUGAUGCUUGUGGGAGUUAUGGUUACGUUUUUCCAUCCACGAAUCUAAUCGUACAAAUAUUGCCCCAUUUCCUGGAACACAAAAGCGUGCCUUUGUAUGCUGCUUGUAGGUAGUUCACAGCCGAACAUUAACGUGAUGGUGCGAUUUAAGACCAUAAUAUUGCCCCAUUUCCUGAGUCACAUCCUCUUUUUAGGGAAUAUUUCCCAUUUCUAGUAUAAGAAAAAUAUGCUUAUGUAUGCUGCUAAAGGGUUAGGCACAAAAGAACAUUAAUGUGAUUGUGCAAUUUGCCUGGAAGAGCCUAAAAGGCAACAGGAGUGUUUCCUCUGUCCUCUGGUUACCUUGGUGCUAAGGAGCUGUAAACUGACUCUAGAUUUAACACAACUUACUUUUAUUACAUUUUUAUGUGACCACAUUUUAAAAUGUAAGUUGAUCUGAUAGUUCAAUUCAAGUUGAACUAUCAGAUCAACUA